AUGAGGGACAAGGACGACAACAAUGCGACUAGUGGCAGCGCAAUGACGGCAGUCGCUAGGGAUGGCGCGAGGGGAAGCAGUGGAGGGAGACUGGAGGAGAGGAGGAUGCAAGUAAGAGCACGGAUGCUCCUGCCAUGCUGCAUCUCUUUGGAGCUGCUCCGCUGCGUCUCAGGCUCCCAUGGGCAUGUGAGUUGUUUCAUAACGAGCCCACACAUCUUGAAGAAGAGCUCUUCUUUCUUGCAUCCCUCUUCACCUUGCCGCCGAAAGGAUCUGCAGUCAUGGAGUGAGUUUAGGAGGUUUCAUGUGCGGGGAAAUCAGCAGAUCACAGCCCGGAAAGGAAAGUUCCCCCACGUGGACGGCGAGUAUGCUAAGCAUUUUCUCAAGAGCUAUGGAGGGGCGAUCGGUGACAAAGGUCAAAGGAUUCUGAUCCUUGGGAAGAAGCCCAAGUGGGGAGAACUUAGUGAAGCAGAAGUGAGGAACACGUUUGGGAUCCCUUCAGGAGUGACUCAAAUGUAUGAGGGCAACAGGUUUGUUUGGAAAUCCCCUGCUGCCGUCCCCACGGACACUCUCGAGGCCAUGACGUGCGUUCGUGCUCAGAUCGCACCCUUGUCUGCGCACCACGAGACGGUAGAGGAUCUUAUAGAAGAGGUUGGUGGAUGGACGCUCGCCUGUGACGGCUGGGACCUCCAUGUAGAGCGUUUGAAGACAUCGUCUGAGCAGGAGGGAGACGGAGAGCGGAGGAGUCGAAUGGAGAUCUCAGCCAUGUUUGCCCGCUGCAUCGUUGGAGCUCCUAAUUUUGACAAGCCGAAUCUCCUGUUUACCUUGUUGGAGUCUUCAAAAGGAUAUCUGCUCGGGUUGACGACGUGGUCCCACAAUCAUGCACAGAGAUCUCUCUCAGAGGUGGAGUGGUCGAGAAGGCCCUGCAAGUUCUCGUCUGCUCUUCCGCUGUUGAUCGCAGAAGCUGCGGUGAACAUCGCUGGCGCAAGGGAAGGGGACUUGCUGUUGGACCCUUGCUGUGGCUCAGGAACGAUCCUCUACGCUGCGUUAGAAAGGGGGCUGAAUGCUGUGGGAUUUGAGAUUAAUCCAUCGAUGGCAAUGCAGGCAAGGAAAAAUUUGGAAACAGUGGGAUAUGCGACAAGGGGAGGAGGUAGGGAGAGCUUGCUGAUGCCUGUAACCCAUGUUGUCUCAAACCUUCCUUUCGGCAAGAACCUCAAAGUCUUUGCCAUAUGCGGGCUACGUUCGUGA